AUGCAGGCCAGUGAUAUCACACUCGAGUCGAUCGACAAGGUCUGCCAGUUUCUGAUGGAAAAGAACCCCCAAGAAGUCUGUGAUAAGAUUUAUGAAAAUUAUGCUACUUUACUCCAAGAUGCUGUUGUCGAGUCUAAGGAACAAGUGUUUGUUAAUCAAAACCCAAGGAGGACUCUCUUAUCGAAGGAAACUAGAGAUGUCUUGGAAUCUGUAUUUGCGAAAAAGAGAUUUCUUAACUGUUUGGAGUGCCGAAUAAUCGCAAGACGUCUUUACUUGAGUGAGACUCAAGUAAGGAUAUGGUUUUCGAAUAAGCGUGCUAGGUAUAACUCUGCUUCCUAA